ACAAACGACACUACUACUACUACGACUACGAAUGAUAAUGAUAAUAAUAAUAAUGAUAAUAAAAGUAAUACAAAUAUAACGGUAGAUACGCCAACAACACCGUCGCCCCCUUCGUUCUCAUCAGUAGUAGCACAUCGGUAUAAACACUACCACCACCACCACCACCAUUGCUCACAACCAACACUACCACCACCAUCAUCAGCCAUUGUUACAACCACCACCGUCGCCGCCGCCACUAUUAUUAUUACUAUUACUACCACUGCUACUAUUAUUACUACUACUACUACUAUCAGCAGCAACAGUGGGCAUAUGAACAACAACAACAACAACAGCAGCAGUAAUAGAUAUUGAACAGUGAGAGAAGCGAUGUGAUGAAGAAUUAUGCUCGUAGAAUCUUGAUUAAAUGUUUAUCUUCUAAUGAGUGAUCCGGAAUUUAAUCUAACCACACAUAUACAAGACGAGGAAGCAAGAAUUAAGAAAAUGUCUGCCGAAAGGCCAGUGAAACGAGCUGGUAGAAGAGGCAGAAAACCUUCCAAGAUUGACCAGAAGGCUCGGCUAGAAAGAAGCCGGCAGAGUGCAAGAGAAUGUCGAGCAAGGAAGAAACUGCGUUACCAAUAUCUGGAAGAACUUGUUGUUUUACGAGAAAGGUCGAUAUUUUCGUUACGGGAUGAACUUGAGCGGCUCAGACAGUGGUGUACUCAAAUGGACAAUGGCCACAUUCCUGCAGGUCUCCAAGAUAUGUUCCUCGCUCAAUCUUCAACGUCAAAGUCAAAUACUUCAGAAUACACACCUGUCAACAGUAACUUACAGACUCCAAAGACUGUGCCUUGUGUUUCGGGGCCACCAAAUAAGAAUAUACCUCCCCUAAACCACACUGUAUCUAUACCUGAAGAGUUUCAAAUUUCCCAAAUGGUAAUGCCCCACGAAGAGGUUAAUUAUAUUAAGACAGAGAACUACCACCAUAUGCAGCAUCCACCUGUAACGUUUGCCAGCUCCAACUGCCUUAUGUCAUCCAUUCCAUGUACACCAGAUUUUUGUACCAGCAGCUUCAACCAGCCUUAUAACAAACAUAUGUACUGUAACCAGCAAAUGUCUUUCCCUGUUCAGAAUUUCAAAUACCCUGCAUUGCUUCCGACACAUUUGGAACAAUAAGUUUUGCAAAAGUUUACUAUGACAAAUACUCAGAGUUAUUUUGAACGAAGUGAACUUAAAAUUUUUGUGCCUUUAUAUGUAUACAUACAUAGU